GGGGUAAUUGGAUUCCGCAUAGGCGGCGUUCACUUCAUUUUAUGACCAGUGUUAAUACCUUUGUUGACUUCACUUGAACAGCGCAUCCCAAUAAGCGCAGGAGUAGAAACAAGCUUCAACAGUGACAGAUCCGCUGGAGGAGCAUAAAGAGACUCUCCAUACUACACCAUUAUCUUUGAGUCUGGCGACGUUGAUAUUCUACACGCGCGCUUAUGAGUGUCCAUCCUACGCUCCUUCGCGACAAACGCACAGAGGCCCGUGCACUAUCCGAAUAUGACCAGGAUGUCGGGGAAUGUCAAAGUGAGUUCCUCAGAAUCCAUGCGUUUACUCUUGUGACUUCAUUUCAUGCAUACUGUCCCUCAAAAAUAAAAAACCUCUGUCAAUUUAAAUUAAAGCCCUGUUUAUACUACCAGAGUGUUGUUAUUCUACUCCGAAGAGCCAAUUAUCCCGUCAACCAAUGGGCUCCUGGCUGCUCCAUUGAUAUUUCCUACCAUUUCAUGUGUCUGGAGAUUAUGGCUACGCCGUAAUAGCGGUCGAAAAUGGAAGGAGAAUCGAUCAAAUCCAACAUUGAGUCCGAUUCAAUGUCUGUUACAGGCGAAAUGUAUGCGUCCAAUGAUGGCUCGGAGAUACCUCACUCCAGUCACGGGGAUGAAGCUCUCGCAAACUUAAUGGACAGCAUGGAACAAUUCGUUGCUGAAGACAGCACUGACAAUCACGAUACUAACGAUGUAACAACUGAUCAGAACCAUGAAACGCCUGGUUCACGUCGCUCACAGCGCACCAGUGCCACUGAAGAGCCAUCAGAUACUGGGCCGCUCUCCGCCGAAACUUCUGCUGUUACCCCUGCAAAGCGUCCUCAAAAGAACCAAGCAACCUCGCAGCCUGCUAAGAAGGCCAAGAAUGGCAGAAAGGGCAUUUGGAGCGUGGAAAAUGUUCUCCAGAACCCCAAGUCUCCGUUGGUCAAUGCAAACUUAAAGGGACUAUUUUCAAACCCGGAAGCUUGGAAUAUCCUUGACAAGGAAACCAAGGCUAAACUUAUUAGCAUGCUGCCGGAAAAUUCGCAUGUUAUUGAUGAAGUUGAUGGCGAACUCCGCAUUAGUGAGAAUUUCUUGAAGUUUGACCAAAACUGGGCUCACUACCUGGGUCGUGCCCAAGAGGACAUCGCCGAAGGCCGCAACGAUCCCGGAUGGCUUGAGGAGGCCGCGGCGGCAUCUGAACAGCGUGCAGAGGGAGAGUUUGACGACUGGAAAGAUAACGAAUACGAGAUGUUCUGGGGAGUAAAGCAGAAGCUCCAAAGCAACGUUUUGACAGGGCUUUCUGGCUCCAUAAAGUUCGAUGACCUCGUCAGCCGUGAGCUUAUCAAACCGGGUGAUAUAUUCCUAUUCCAGAGGACCAUUGGCAAGGUUUUCAUCGAGAAAGAAAUCAAGUUUAUCGAAGCCCAAGGUUCGGGAAACAAAAGAGUCCUACGAUGCUCCUUACCACCAGGCGCCUCGAAGUUUUCAAAGGGCGACGACGACAUAAUCACCGAAAUCAACGGGCCUGAGCGCAUAUGCAAAGCUGCCGUAGAGGCCGAUGGCCGUGUGAAGGGAAAGCUACCGAAUGGCAACUCUUGGAAGACCGUCCGCGUCUUACGCAACAACCAAGAUCUCGGUACUCUUUGGGAUAUUCGCCAGGCUCUACACUUUUCACUUCAAGGAGAUGAUGACUGAGAAAUAAUAGAGUCCAUACAGGAACAUACGCAAGUACAACUAACUCUUGGUCUUUGCCAGUUGUAUUGUUCUCUAGUUACUGGUCGUCACGAAUGCAUCACUCUAUAAACUCUUGAAGCUAUUUUCAGAGGCUGUACAACACCGAACUUUUCACAGUAGCUAUCAUACAAACCGGAGGACCUAGGCCCACUCGAUUGCCUAACUUCUGGCUUCUCACAAUUCGUCGUGGCUCUCGUCGCCACCGGCUUUCCCGGCUUCCAGCUCCGGCAUCGCCAUAAUCUUAACCACAAGGCUGGUCCAUCCGGUGAAAUGCUGGGUUCGCUGCCCGUGUCCAUCUUCGGGGUUAUACUGCUCCCAUGCGAAUCCAGUCUCCUUCCAAGACUUGUACACGUUCGAGACGAGGUUGUGGCGGAGACGGCUGUAGAUGCUGCCGGCUUGCUUGGCAUGAGGGGAGGAUGACUGCGCGAUUUUCUGUGCGAGAGUUAGAGUGGCACGGGGCGAGAAGCCGGGAG